AUGUCGACCGUUCCCGAGCAAGCACCAGCGGCUGCGCCGGCAGAGGGAGUCGAGAAGCCGAAACCCCGCCGUCGGUUCGUGGGCAAGACGCCCGGCUCGGCGGCGCGCACGGCCCCGCGCCGAGUCGCGAACCAGGUGCCCGACGAGAUCCUCAACGAUCCCGCGCUCAAGGAGGCGAUGGCGGCGCUCCCGGGAAACUACAACUUUGAGAUCCCAAAGACGAUCCACCACGUUCGUCGCGAGGGCGUCAAGACUGUCGCGCUCCAGAUGCCCGAGGGACUGAUGAUGUACGGAUGUGCCAUUGCUGAUAUUGUCGAGAGGUUUACCGGGGCCCAGCCUCUGCUUCUCGCUGAUGUGACCUAUGGCGCGUGCUGUAUCGACGACUUCACCGCGCGUGAGAUGGGAGCCGAGAUGAUCGUGCACUACGGCCACUCGUGUCUCAUCCCCGUGAACCAGACGAGCAUCAAGACGCUCUACAUCUUUGUUGAGAUUGCAAUCGACUCGCCGCACCUCGCGCUCUCCGUGCGACGAAACUUCCCGAGCGACCGGGAGGCGUUCCGCCGCUCCGUGCUUGGUGCCGGUCCCGCCGAGCCAGGAGCCAAGGUCGACAUUGCGCUCGAGGCCGAUGAGGAGAAGAAGCUGUCCGAGGGCGCCGCCGCCGAGGGCGAGACGCCAACUCGCCUAGCUUUGGUCGGCACGAUUCAGUUCGUCGCCGCCGUGCAGGCGCUGCGGGACGACCUAGAGCAGGCCAUGCCGCCGCUGGAGGAGCAGGCGGACGGGGAGGGCGCCGACGACGCUUUGGCCAAGGUGCGGAAGGGCGAGAUCGGCGUCUGGCGGGGCAAGUACGACGUGACGAUCCCGCAAGUGCGUCCCUUGUCGCCGGGCGAGAUUCUCGGCUGCACGGCGCCGCGAUUGCCCGCCGACGUCGAUGCGCUCAUCUACGUCGGCGACGGCCGCUUCCACCUCGAGUCCAUCAUGAUUGCGAACCCGUCGGUGCCUGCGUUCCGGUUCGACCCGUACUCGAAAAAGUUUACGCGCGAGGUGUACGAGCACAAGGAGAUGCGCGCGAUUCGCGGGGACGCGGUGCGCAAUGCGCGCCGAAACCUUGUCGAGCGCGGGGCCGACUCGUGGGCCAUCCUCCUCGGUACGCUGGGACGGCAGGGCUCGCUCAGCGUUCUCAAAACUGUGCAGGGGAGCUUGCCGCCGGGGACGGAUGCGCUGCCCCCGCUCCUGAUCCUGCUCUCUGAGCUGAGUCCGGCCAAACUGGCGCUGUUCUCGAAGGAUGAGAUCUCGACGUUCGUGCAGACCUCGUGCCCCCGUCUCAGCAUCGACUGGGGGUACGCGUUCUCCCGUCCGCUGCUUAGCAGUUACGAGGCCAGCGUCGCCGCCGGCAGGAUACAGGGCUGGGAGGGUACGGAGGUCGAUGGCAAAAAGGGCGCGGGCGACUAUCCCAUGGACUUCUACGCCGAUGGCUCCCUCGGCCCGUGGACGCCGCGACACCGCCCGCCCCGACCUCCGCGCGAGCCCCGUCCGCCCCGCAUGACCAAGGUCGCUACAUAG